AUGGCUCCCGAGGUCGGAGAAUCUAGAGUCUUCGGACCAGAAGUUUCAAUCUCAGAUUUGAUCGAGUUGCCUGGUACACUCUUUCGACGUUUCUCUCCCCACCAUGUCUACAAGAUUCUUCCCGUUGUCUUCCAUUCAUCUAUCUCCGCCUCUGUCACUCUUCCCUUGAUGGAGAUGCCACUGGUGGCUCACCGCCACACAACAUUGACGACCCCGAUGCCCUGGCAGGAUUUCGAGCCCAUUGGUUUCCACCCCGACGGUCUUCCACGGGGUGUGACAAGCAGUCUGGGAAGCCAUUCGCCAACGGGGACAUAUCCGAAGGUUCUUUCGCUUGGUGGCAGCAGCGGUAAUGGCUGGACAAUCAGGCAUCUUCGCCACCUUCCAUUACCUCCCGUGCACGCGUUCGAGGGAGAGAGAGGGUCUCAUCACAAUGUCCACAUCAACUUGUGCCGCCCAUCGCCAAAGAUCGUACCAGAGUCUUUUUGCGACUCAUCCAUCUUCAUCCCGCCUUGUCACGGAAAAUCAGUCUCGCUGCGUUCCCACACCUCUCAUCACCUCCUCUCGUUCAAUGGCAGGUCUAUAGAUGUUUCUGUUUGGACCAAACCGUGUCCGGAAUAUGCGAUAGGAUUAAGAGAAAACCACCCUGGGGCACACGGCGGUUGGAGAAGCCGGUUAGGGCGGACCUGA